AAGGAGCUAAGCUAUGGAAUUAUGGAAUCUCCCUUUCGAAUCUUGGGGAUGCGUCUUCAUCUCAAUUCAUUCUCCGUCGAUCUUUCCUAUUUUUCAUUUUACGCCUCCAUUGUCCUUUCCUUUCCCUUACACUUUUCCUCUUUGGUUUUUCAAGUCAUUAGUCAUCCAUCUAAACAUCAACAUGAUCACAUUAAAUCAAAACCCCCAUUACCCUUUUAUCUUCCUACCUCUCAUGUCCCAAUCAUUUUCUCAAUCACCCAAGAAUCGAAUAUUCUUUAGCUUCAUAUAAGAAAUAUUGGCAUUUUUUUAAAAGAAAAUAAAAAUCUGUGACGCCAGGACCUUGAUUGAGGCUUAGCUUGGGAUUUGGGAAAAGCCUUCAACGGUGGGAGUUUCUGCAUAGAUGAUGGUGUUUCUGGGUCUUGUGUGGAUAGCUUUUCUUGUUGGGUUAGUCAUCGGCUGGGCAUGGAAGCCCAAGUGGGUAACCAUUAGAGGAGACAAAUUAACUUUUCAUGUAUCAAAAUUCUUGGAUUUGUCUUUGCCUUCAUCUCCACUAAAGGGUUUUGCUUCGGCUUCAUGUUGUAACUCAUUCAUGAUCAGUUCAAAAAAGGAUGAACCAUGUCAUGUUGAUAAUCCUGCAGACAAAAAAUCAACCUCACUAUCCAUUUCAGAAUAUGAAAAUUGCAGCCCAUCACAGCAGAAUGAAGAACAAUCUAAUGUUGUCAAUCUUGUGACGGAGAAGGAUUUAGAACAUUUAUGCCAGCUUAUUGAGAUGAAAGAUGGAGGUCCUACAUGGAUACAAAUGAUGGAUUGCUCCACCCCUGGUAUGAGGUGUCAAGCAUGGAGGAGAGAACCCAAGACUGGUCCGCCUCAAUAUCAAACUAGAACCGUGUUUGAGAAUGCAACACCAGAGAUGGUGCGAGACUUCUUCUGGGAUGAUGAAUUUCGGGCAACUUGGGAUGACAUGCUUGCGUAUUCUGCUACGAUAGAUGAGUGUCUCACUACUGGGACUAUGAUUGUGCAAUGGAUUAGAAAAUUUCCAUUUUUCUGCAGUGACAGAGAAUACAUAAUAGGCCGACGAAUAUGGGAAUCGGGUGGAUCUUAUUACUGUGUGACAAAGGGAGUACCCUGUUCAUCCGUACCAAGGCGAGCUAAACCCAGACGUGUCGAUCUCUACUACUCAAGUUGGUGUAUUCAAGCAGUGGAAUCAAGAAUGGGGGAUGGCCGUUUGAUUGCCUGUGAGGUAUUACUUUUACAUCACGAAGAAAUGGGUAUACCAUGGGAAAUUGCAAAGCUUGGAGUAAGGCAUGGGAUGUGGGGAACUGUCAAAAAGUUUGAGCCUGGCUUAAGGGCGUACCAGAAAGCAAGAGCAUCUGGUGUUCCACUUUCUCGGCCCGCAUUCAUGGCUCAAAUCACUACCAAAAUAAAUUCAGGGCUCCCAAGAUCCCUGGCAGUCAAUGAGAAUUCAUCAGAGACAGAGGUAGCAGCAGCAGCAACUUCAUCCAACAGAUCUUUGGGCAGGAAGAUACCAAAGUGGUUAAUUUUUGGUGGGGUCUUUGUCCUUGCUUGCAGCAUUGAUAGGGGACUCUUAACCAAGGCAUUUAUAUUUGGCGUAGCUAGAAAGUUUGCAAAUAUAGGAAAAAGAUUGUAAAUUGAGUGUUGAAGACUACGGUUUUUUUCAUCUUUUCAAACACUUAAGGGAUGCUCUUUUUUUUCUUCAGGUGAUGUCUCUGUCAGAUGAGAAUACAUUUGAACCAAUUCUUGUUA